AUCACUUCAAAAAAACAUACACAACAUAAAUUAACUAAAAAAAAACAUAUCCUUAUUUUAAUGCAAUUUUGCGGACCAUAAAAAAAUAACACCAAUGCCACGACACUGACAUGGCGCGAGAACAAAUACCAAUUCUCAUGAUCCAAACAAACCAUAGAAAGUUAGAAACUAUCAUUCAUCGAAACUCUCCAUUCUCUCGAUUUUCACCCUUUCGUCUCUUCGCCAUUUUGUCAAGCACUUCAUCUGCAACAACUUUCUCCAGUUCAAUUUCACCACUCUCGCUAGAUGCCGCCGCCAACUUAUUUCCCUCUCCGGUGGGAGAGCACCGGAGACCAGUGGUGGUACGCUUCCCCAAUCGAUUGGGCCGCCGCAAACGGCCACUACGACUUAUCGUCUGGGACGACGAAGAACAGUUCGACGACGUUGCCAAAAACCGUUCUUUUGUCGCCCAAAAACUCUUACACGAAGGCGACGCCAAAAGGGGGAAAAACUCACUCAUUGGGUCUGGUUACGGAGGGUGGCUCCUGUACACCGCCGCCUCCGCCGGCGAUUUCCCGUUUGUUCAAGAAUUAUUGCAUAAAGAUCCGCUUUUGGUGUUUGGAGAAGGGGAGUAUGGGGUGACUGAUGUGUUAUAUGCUGCUGCGAGAGGUAAGAAUGCCGAGGUUUUUAGGCUGAUUUAUGAUUUUGCGAUGUCUCCGAGGUUUAUGGCCAUGGGUGGUGGUAAUGGUGGGAAUUUGGAGGGAAAUCUUGGGGGAAUUCCGGCGGCUUACAAGGAGGAGAUGAAGAAUCGAGCUGUUCAUGCGGUGGCUAGAGGUGGUAAUUUGAAUAUUUUAAUGGAGCUUCUUGGUGAUAGUGAUGAUAAUCAGGUUUUGAGUUAUAGAGAUAUUCAAGGGUCGACUAUCUUGCAUACAGCAGCUGGAAGAGGACAAGUUGAGGUGGUGAAAUAUAUUGUCUCUACAUAUGAAAUGAUAAACUCCAGAGACAAACAAGGCAAUACACCUCUCCACAUAGCCGCAUCCCGUGGUCAAAUAUCAGUAGUUGACUUUUUAGUCAAAUCCUCUCCAUCUUCCAUACAUUCAAAAAACAAUUCCGGCGAGACAUUCCUCCACGCGGCGGUGACCGGAUUCCAAACUCCAACAUUCCGGCGACUCGACCGCCAGAUCGUUCUCAUGAAACAAUUAGUCUCCUCAAAAGCCUUCAACAUUGAAGAAAUCAUAAAUAAUACAGACAACGAAGGAAGAACCGCGCUUCAUUUAGCAAUCCAUGGCAACAUCGAUGUCAAUCUGGUGGAAUUGCUCAUGACGGUUGGAAUGAUUAAUGUCAAUAAACGCGACAAUCACGGAUUGACACCUCUCGAUCUUUUGAAACAACGGCCCGUGUCUCCGUCAUCGGAAUCGCUAAAACGACACCUCAUUUCCGCGGGAGCAAUUCUCGGGAAUCAUGAUUACACCGCUAGGAAGAUUCUCGCUUCCCAUUUGAGAAAAGGAAGCGCCGGUGGAAGCCCUGGAACGGCGUUCACCGUUUCCGAUUCCGAAAUCUUCUUGCUUUCUGGUACCGAGAGUGUGGCCACACGCCCGGUGUUGACCGAACCGAGUUCGGAAUCGAAGAUUCCGAACGUUGUCAACGUUCCAAGCAAGAAGAAACACAAAGGGAUAAAGCGAUUCCUUCGGUGGACGAAACCGAGAAAAACCGAAGAGAAACCGGAAUUGGAAUUACCGAUUCCACUCCGGCAACGGUACUCUAAACCGGCGUCGGUGUCAGUGUCGGUGUUGCCACCGAACAACAAGCGGACGCUAGCGGCGCGGAGUAAUCUUCCGAGUCCGACCGCGAAGAAGAAGCUUGCUUCGGGAUUGGUGAAUGGAGUUAUGCAAGCGAUGCCGAAUGUGAACCGGAGAUCGCGGUCUAAUUCCUUCUCGAGGUCGUCGGCUUCUUCUCAUGCUUCACACACCGGAAUCGGAUUCGGAAGCGGAAGCGGAAUUGAGUUUCCGGGCGGGUCUAGCUCGAUGUAUGAUGAUGGGUUUGUGGGUAAAGAACAUGGGGUUGUGAAUAGGAGGUCGUCAGUGAAUCAAUACUUUUGUUUUGGUGCACCAAAGUUACCGAUGGAAACGGGUGGUUCGGAACAAGAGAGGGAGGAUGAGAUUUAUGAUCGUUAUGUUUUAUCUACUGCUUAAGAGAAUUACGAGGUUAAAUAAAAAAUGUAAAAGUGUUUAACAUUAUAUGGUUGUUUUUUAGUGGUAAAUUAUGUAUGUUUAGCUUCGAAUAUGUCGAACUUUGUUUAAAGUUCAAAUGCCAUAUUAUUUAUAAGGAAUUUGGGCCUCGUUUGGGGUUAAUGGGCUUUGGCAUUUGGUUUUUAGACAAAGUGAGGGUUUUGGGUUGGGUUGUAUAGGGAAUAGACUAUAGACCUGCCUGGGCCCAAAGAGUUUAGGCCACUUGGCAAGCAUUUUUCUCUACAAAACACAUUAUAAGCCCAUGUUAGAAUGUUCAUAUGCACAAAUAUUGCUAAAUAUCAGACAUCAGGUAGUUACCUAGCAAUCAAUUUAGCUACAUUAAACAAGAAGCUCUAACCUGG